UAGAACCUUCACCCACGGUUGAAAUUGGAGAUAGGCAAAUCAUGUGGCACCUAAUAAAUAAGAGAUCAAACUUUUAUAAAAUAAAUAAAAAAUUGUUAAUUCGGUGAUUCCUUUCCCUUUUACCCCAUUUUACUUUGCUUUUACCAGUCCUCCAUUUCCCUUCCGCCGCCGCUUUAUAUUACUUUUUUUUUUUUUACCUCUUCAAUGGAACCCCUCAUCGACGGCGACGGCCAUACAUCAAACGACAUCGCUUCUUUCGCUGAUAACCUUGCUCCUUUCCCUGAAUCUACUAACGUCGUUUACGAGAAUCCAUCUGCCGUUAUUGCUCCGACGGAAAUCCACCGCCUUCCGGUUUCCCCUGUCCGUAAACUCCAACCGGUGCGGUUUGGAAACGGACGAAACUAUGUCGAUAUGGUGGACAGCAACUGUGAUAUUGACGAAGCUUUGAUGACUUGCACUAGUGAUUUAGGGUUUUUGAGUCAGUUUUCUGCUCAAAAUGCGUCUACGGUGUUGCCCAUGGAGUGUGGAUUUGUUAAUUCGUUGGACGAGAAUGGCGUCGCUAGGUGCUCGGAGGCGGAGAUUUCGGCAGUUCAGCAAAUGAAGUCGGAGUUAGAUGCUGAUUGCUUGAAUUUGAUCUCGCAAUCUCGUAUUUUGGAGGCUGAAUUUAGCUCAUCUUCAGAUGACAGUGAAGAACAUUUAAAUAGGAAGAGUCUUAAAUUAAGUGUUGAAGAGAUGGUAAAGAAGUUGAUGGACAAGCAAGAGCAGAUGCACAAACAAUUAAUAGAGAUGCUAGAGAAGAAGGAAGAGGAGAGAAUCAUUCGGGAAGAAGCUUGGAAGCAGCAAGAGGUAGAAAGGGCAAAGCGGGAUGUGGAGUUGAGAGCUGAAGAGACAUCUAGAAACUUGGCUCUUAUUGCUUUCCUUGAGAAUCUGUUAGGUGAAGAUUUCCAAAUUGGAAAAUCAUCAGCAGAAGUAACAAGUGUAGUUAAAGAUGAAGGUGAAGUUCAUGGAUCCGAUCCAUGUAAUAGGAGAUGGCCAAAAUCUGAAGUACAAGCCCUUGUAUCAGUUCGUACUUGUUUAGAUCACAAAUUUCUUAAAGGAGCUAAAGGAUCCGUGUGGGAAGAGGUAGCGGAUGGAUUGGCUAAGAUGGGUUACAUUCGGACAGCAAAAAAGUGUAAAGAAAAAUGGGAGAACAUUAACAAGUACUAUAAAAGGACUAUUGACAGUGGUAAGACGCGUCCAAAAAACUACAGAUCGUGCCCCUAUUUCCAUGAAUUGGACUCACUUUAUAAGAAGGGACUGCUUAACCAAGGUGCUGGAAAUUGUGUGAAGAUUGAGACAGAAAAUAAGAAUAUGGUGAAGGAUUGA